UUCAUGUGACACUGCUUCAAUUUCAUAUCUUAUCAAUAUGAUUCGAUUACAACGGGGGUCUCCCUUUCUAAUAUAGGAGAUCAACAUCAAUUACAGUUAUAUAGUCCUGUUCGAACAACAAAGCAGCAAACACACCUCCCUCUGGAAUGUCGGCACUGCUGUUAGUGUUAUUUAUAAUAAAGCUUUGCGUGAUUGUGCGAGCAGUCGAUCAUAACCAAACCGAGUCUCGUAAUGUUGAAUUCAGCAUCGAGGAGUUUCUAUUGUUGAACCGACAAUUCUUAGAUUUUCUCGUCGAAUACGACGGAUCACUUGUGCUUCAUUCGGAGGAUCAACGAUGUGUGACCACAAUGCAACAACUUUCUUCGGCGUAUUUUAAUCGGGAGCGUCAUGGAUUGGAAUGGUUCGAUUCUUGGGGCAAGAUUCCCUCUGGCAUGUAUCACGGCAAUGGCCACGCCUUCGGGAACUACGACCAGUGUCGUAUGUACAGUUGGCAGGAAGUUCGUGGACAGCAUUGUACUUUCUUGGCUUCAGCCUCAAACAAUUUGCCAACAUUGUGGUCGUCUUUGUGUGUGCCACAUUUUUGUGCUCCAGAGUUCGCACGGCAACUGUACGGAGAGUAUCUUGGGACCCGAGGAGUUACAGUUAUAAGCACGAUGAAUCAGGAUUUGCUUUGCAUCAAAGAUAGGGAGGUCGUGUACGACGGCGGGGUAGUAACGGCUAUUGUAAUUUUCUCAAUAAUCGUCGCAUUAGUAGCAUCUAGUACAACGUAUGAAUUGGUACAAAUCCAACUUAAAAGAGAUGUAGUUAACCUGUACAGUUCAUUCUCUCUGUACACUAAUCUGCGAAGUAUUUUGCACAUAGUCCCUCAACCCAAAAAUGCCGAGAAUAAAACAAAUACGAUCGAAUGUGUCCACGGUAUCCGGGCCAUUUCGAUGAUUUGGAUUAUAGUUGUGCACUGCCAUGAAAGUAUCACAGUAGUUCCGGUUAAGAAUGAUCCAGUGAGGAUGAGUUAUCUUAGCAGUUUUGGAUCUGUAGUGAUGUUCGGAAUGGGCUAUUUGGCUGUUGAUACGUUUCUGGCACUGAGUGGAAUGCUAGUUGCUUGGAAUUUGCUAAAGGAAUUGGACAAAAAAGGGACGAUUAACCCACUGAUGCUAUACCUUCAUCGGUACAUACGAAUCACGGCUCCUUUUGCGGCGCUGAUAUUAUUUGUGGUUUCAUUCGCUAAAUACAUGGGUGAAGGUAUACUAUGGAAGACUAUAUUGGAUGGGAAUGCUGAAACGUGCUCUCAGUACUGGUGGUCAGCUCUUUUGCAUAUUCAGAACUAUGUCAAUCCGAGAAACCGGUGCCUCGGUUGGACUUGGUAUCUCUCGGUCGAUAUGCAGUUGUAUAUAAUUGCUCCAGCCCUUAUCUAUCCUCUGUGGCGGUAUGGAAAACGUGUUUUGAUUGGAAUCGCCCUUCUAGCGUUUCUGUCAAUGGGAUGCGUAUUUACGACAUUCCUCGUGAAUGACUUCAGGAUUAAUCAACAUGCUCCGGACAAGAAUGUACUUACUUAUUACCCUACUCAUGCCCGGAUGGCUGUUUGGUUGUUCGGGACAAUUUUCGGCUACAUUCUUUAUAAGACGAAAUCUACUGGCGUUCACCUAACAAAACGACAUUAUGCGAUUGGAUGGUCAACUUGUUUCGCGCUUCUUGGGUUGAUUGUGUACGCUUUAUAUGAGUUCGUACGAAGCGAUUUCAACGAGUUCACGAAAGUAGCGGAUGCGUUGUAUGAGGCACUUCACCGGUCUGUGUUUAGCAUUUGCAUCAUGUGGAUCAUAUUUGCUUGUGUGAACGGAAAUGGUGGCUUUAUUAACGAAGUGUUAAGUUCUCCUCUUUGGCAACCCUUAUCCAAACUCUCCUUCACGAUGUACUUGCUGCACUUGCAACUGCUACUGAUGGCAUCAAUAGCCCCAGUGAAGACGGAUGGCUAUUUCAGUGUAAUGGACAUCUUCUAUCGCAUUUGGGGUGCAGUGGGACUGACUACGAGUAUCUCAGUGCUUUGGAGUAGUAUAUUUGAAAUUCCGUUUGUAACAUUAGAUAAACUUCUACUCAGAAGUUGAAGCCAAUGAGUUCGAAUAACGAGUUUUGUGAGGGGCUAUGGCUCGUAUCGAUUGCUGGAGAAUCUAAAAUUCAAUACGAAAUGUACAAUGUAUCUUAUAUGAAGAAGCAGAACCACAUAUUUCUCAAAUAGUUCGUAAAACCUCUGAUCAGUUUGAAUACCGAUAUACAGUGA